UGACACACACACACACUUCAAAAUCAGAUUCGAAAUAGAACCCUAAUUUUCAGAGAGAAGAAGAAGAAGAAGAAGAAGAAGAACCACGAUGUCUGCUACUCCAAACCCUAACCCUACUCCCAACGCCGAGGAAGACAAGAAACCUAACGACAUCGCUCGCAUCAAUUUGAAGGUCAUAUACCUGCAGGACGGAAAUGAAGUAUUUUUUAGGAUUAAGAGAAACACUCAGCUGAAGAAGCUGAUGAAUGCUUACUGUGAUCGACAAUCUGUCGACCUGAACUCAAUUGCCUUCUUAUUUGAUGGUCGCCGUCUCCGUGCAGAACAGACUCCUGCUGAGCUUGAAAUGGAAGAUGGAGAUGAGAUCGAUGCUCUGUUGCACCAAACUGGUUCUGUUAAAGCAAAUUGUCAAAGCUUCGCCACUCUAUUUGAGUGAUUUUUUUUUAUGAUUCUUGAAUCUUGAGUGAAAAAUCAACUCAUCAUGCAUGGUCGUGGCAAUAUGUCUAUUGUAUUUUAAAAGUUUUUCUUUGUGUAAUUUGAGCAAUCACUUAAUUUAUUUGGUCAUUGAAACCUUCUACGUUAUUAAUAGAGCAAAAAAUCAUAUUGUAAAUGAGGCUUCAACACUUGUAAAAAUUCCGCAACUCUUUAUUUUGCAAUGAUAUAUAGUACUUUUAUAA